CGAGCCUGCCUUGGCCAAGAGAGGCAGACAGAGCCAAGCAAGCAAGCAAAGCCAACCAGCCACCUUUGCAAGACUUGGCCAUCUGGCCUUCCCUUAGUCCCCCUCUCCUUUCCAGAUUUCAGGGGGCUCUCCAGCAUCCUGAGGCUCCUUGCCAGCCCAGCAUUGCCUAGCCCUCUCCCUGUUGCAGAGAGAAAGAGAGAGAGCCUCUGCCCUCCAUCCCCAAGAAGAGCCUCUGCUAGGGCUGGCUGGUGCGGAGCGCAGGGCUUCAGCACCUUGGAGAGCUCCCCAUGGCCAGCCUGGAAGGCGGCGAGAAGCAGCUCUUUGAGAAGUUCUGGCAAGGGACCUUCAAAGCCGUGGCCACCCCGAGGCCCGGCAGCGUCAUCGUGGCCAGCAUCACCUCCCGAAAGCCCCUGGCCAGCACCGAAACACCCAGCUGCCUGUCACUUUCUGCCAGCGAGAAACUCUCAGGGGAGCCCCAUCCAGCUCAAGAGAUCGCAAACGCGAAUGGCUGUGUGAGACUGAAAGACAGCAAGGAGCAUCCCAGGCAUAAAUCACGCAGCCCACCUGGCAAUGAGGACUUUUCGCCACCUCCUACCAAGGGGAAGAAGAAGAAGAAGAAAUCUACCCGAAAGAAGCGGCGGAGGUCUCCGUCCUAUAGCCUCUCCCCUUUGAAGAAGAAGAAGAAAAAGAAGAAUUCAAAGAAGAGGAAAAGGAGCAGGUUAUCUUCAAAGAAGAGAAGGCACAGUUCCUCAAGCCCAAAAAGCAAAAGGAAGGAAGAGAAGAAACACAAGAAACACUCUCACAGUCACUCUCAAAAAUCCCACCGCCCCCACCAUCGCCACUGUCGCUCUGAUUCGGAGAGCACCAAUUCGCGCUCCGAAAGCUGUGGAAGCAGGCCUAGGACUGGAUCCCACGAAGAAGGGCAUAAGGCAAGAUGGAAGCAUGCCCGGCACUCUUCGAAGAGUGCUCGAAAGCCGGACGGUGCCCUCGAGGUGACUGCCACCACCCCAUCCCUCCAGAACCGCCGUUCUCUCUCUGCCACUGAAAUGAUUUCAAAGACUGGGGUUUCUACUGACCUUUUUAAAAAAGCAGAGGGUCAGCUUGGCAAGUUAGCCAAACGGAACGGAGAGCCCCAUGAAUACGACUCAGGGAAUGACACUUCUUCCCCUCCAUCCACUCAGACAAGUGCGUCCAAGUCAAAGGGCAGAGAAGACGAAAGCUAUCAAGCCCCUGACGGCUUGGGCCCAACCUUCUCUCCUGGGAAGGCCAGCAGUGGAAGCAGCUCCGAUUCAGGGAAUUCCUUCACCAGCUGCUUCUCCCGGACCAAGGGAGCAGCCCUGGAAGAGCCAACCCCAGCUCCAUGGAUGCAAGAGAAAGCUCAAAGAGAAGUGCCACUGCAGUCGGAGAAGAAGAAAACAAGCCUUGUCUCGGCCCCUUUCUCUGGUUCUCCGCUUAUCCCAUGUCUCCAGAAUGGAUCCUCUUCUAGCAGGUCAUCUCUGGAGUCCGACCGGUCCCAUUUGGUCCACCACAAGGCCAGUCCCAGGUCUUCCCAAAGCAGAUCCUGCUCAUCGGACACAAGGUCCUACUCGAGAUCUCCCAGCUACUCACCCAAGUCAUACAAGAGAAGUCCCAAAAGCAGGAGCUCAAGGCCGCGACGUAGCCCCAGUUAUUCUCGAUACAGUCCCCCUGGCAGAGACCGUGAACAAGAUGACAAAUACAGCUCCGUCGGGAAGGAGUCACACAGACAUCACAGCCGCCGACGUCGCAAACCAUCGUAUUCCCCCCUGAGGAAGCGCCGAAGAGAUUCCCCUAGCCACCUGGAGGCACGGCGCAUCACAAGUGCCCGAAAGCGUCCCAUCCCUUACUACAGGCCUAGCCCUUCCUCCUCCUCUCCCAGCAGUGUAAGCAGUUACUCCUCCUGGUACAGCUGCCUCAGUCACUCGCCCAGCCGGAGUUACUCCAAUAGUAGGUCCAGCCGGAGCCGGAGCCGGAGUUGGAGUAGUAGCAGCAGCAGCCGGAGCCACAGUUCAGGGGCAAGGAAUAGCCGUCGGAGCUGCAGCAGGAGCUCCGAAUCCACAGGCAGCUAUGACAGCAUGCGGCGUUAAGUGAUCCUUGGGCAGCUCCAGUGGGAUGGACUCCGUUUUUUGGACCCUGGGCCUUUCUUUUUGUUCCAGGAAUCAACCUGUUGGGACAUUCUUUGAUUCAUCAAAGGCAAACGAUGUCACUCAGCCACAACAGCCCUAUAAGGCAGGACAUAUCCAGUGGCACUGUUGGCUGCGGCAUUCCCCGAACUGUCCAAAAGAAGUUCUAAUUUUACUGUUAACUUAAAAGCAGCCUGGUUUGGAGAGAGGCCUUUUUAAAAAAUGAAGGCAGUGGAGUGGGAAAAAACAAAGGAUUAACUCUUUUCCUUACAAUGUUUCCUCCUUCAGCGUUGACCCAAAGGGCGAGUAGCUUUUUUGCGGUGGAUAGUUUUAGAGAAACUCCGCCGCAUUGCUUCCCCGAUGUAUUUCGGAAGAGGAGGGUGUCGCACUGCAGUUAAGUUAAAACUAAAACUUCAAGACGAUCCUGUCACCGAUUUCCCUCCAUCACAUCCCUUCCAGCUGGAGCUUGGGAAAGUUAACGUUUCAGGACUACAAGUGGCUUGGGGAUUAUGGGGGCUAGCAUCCAAAAAAGUAACCGUUUCAAGGUCCGGUUCCUGCUCCGCUUCCGGAAGCGGCGAGCUACGCUGCUUAGUUAUGACAAGGAGCAGAGCCAAGGUUGCAAUCUGAAAUCCCAGACCAGCCCAAAGUAAUAACAAGGAGGUAAAAAUUCAUCCAGACAAAGAUUUGUAUAGUCUGAAAGAAGAAUUCCCAGCUGUGGCUGUAAAGAUUGUCAAGCUCCAUUCCAAAAGAAAAAGAGGAAGAUGGAGGAAGGGAAACCCUUGAGCCCUGAACAUUUAGAUUUAUUCUCCCAUUUUUUAAAAAGGACGCCUGUCUUCUCGAUGGGUUUCAUUGCCUCCGUGACCAGAAACGUAUUGCAGUUGGUGGAGGCCAACCAAGUUUGGCCCUGGCUUCAAUGCACCACAACGCAGAACCCACCACAGACUUUGGAUACUCAUAUUUUUACAAUGGGAUAUGAGCCUCCGGGAAGCUUUUGGACAGAAGGGCCUUUGUAAAACCUGUAUAAAUAGAAAUGAAAGCCUCAAUGUUGUCUCUUUAAUGGACAGACGGUGGGGAGGAUCUCAGAACAAGCCUCCCUGAUGCCAUUUUGUCCCCGAACCCUGGCCAGACCAUCUGGCUCUGUGGACUGCAGCAGGAUGGAUCCUCUGAGAGAGACUAUCCACAGCCAUAUUAAUUCAUGGCAGCUAAGACUCCUUCCAUUUCUUCGACGAGUGCAGAUGUGUCACUUGGGUUAUUUAUUAUUGACCGUAUUUAUUAUCUUUGGGAUUCCGGAUGUGUGCUGAAGCAGUGCGCUGCAUUUGCGAUUAAUAUUUAAUUUAUUGCCAAUUUUUGGGCAUGUUAACUUAUUGCUAUGUUUUGUAUUAUUUUGUGUCAGUUUUGCAAAAUGCAAGGCUAAAGGAUGGCCCAUCCAGGUUCUGCUACUGGGUUGUUUUUGGCUGCUUCCAAUCUUCCCAUGCCUGUUUUCCUCACCCGGGCAAGCGGUGCCUGUGGUGCCAAACCUCCAAAUUGACUAGGACCAAAAGAACCGUGUGUGUUAGGAUGAAAGUUACUGUUGGUUUUUAUUAUUAUUAUUAUUAUUAUUAUUAUUAUUAUUAUUAUU